AUGGGAGCGUACCAGCCACAACCACGCCAAUACUGGCUUCUGACUUAUCCACGCACGAGUUCAAAUUUGUUAGUCAAAAUUUUGGGUCUGGAUGAGCAACCAAAUGUUAUGCAAGGCCAUCUGCAAGCUGGCUAUUACUUCUUGCCAGUACUCAAAUUGAUGAAUGGGUUGAAUCUUCACAGCCGAGGCGUGCAGGAAUGGACUGAAAACGAAAGGAAGCAAAUGAAGGAAUGUUAUCAGAGCUGUUUCAAUACAUUAAAUCAGCUUCUCGAAGAUGCUAAGAAGAAAAAUUGCUCAGUUUUCGUGAAGGAACAUUGCAAUCAUAUGGCCCACCCUGUCUCUAUCACAGAAGAGCAAAGUGGCGUCACUCUGGACGAGGCGCCGUGGAUGGUAGAUUUUCCUAAGAUAUUCGGUCAGCUCCCAACACGCUCAAAGACGAAUGAAACAGUGCUCCCGGACGGGUUUCUUCGCCAAUGGUCACCUACCUUCCUCAUCCGGCACCCUGCAUUGGCGUUUCCAUCUCGCUAUCGCGCCUCUUUGGAUUUAAAUGACGCAGGCGGAAACUCGAUUAAUGGCGACCGAGGCACAUUAGGCAUGACUCUACGUUGGUCCCGACUUCUGUAUGAAUGGUACAGUGACAACCUAACAGCCCAGGAGGCCUUCAUUGACGGGGAUGCGACCUGGCCACUUGUUCUGGAUGGAGACGACGUAAUGGCCAACCGAGAUGUUGUCCUUCGAUUUGGCGAAAUACUUCAACUCGACAAGAAAAAGAUGCGUUUUUCAUGGGAGACCGUGCCGGAGAAAGAGCAGGCUGAAAUGGAUAUGCGGAUGAAACGAUAUUUAUCGACACUGAUUGGUUCGGAGGGUAUCGUCAAGGGCAAGACUGCAGAAAAUCUGGAUAUAGACGUUGAGGCAAAGAAAUGGCAGAAAGAAUUCGGAGAAGAGGUGGCUAUUCGACUUGAGAAGUUGGUAAGAGCUGCCAUGCCAGACUACGAGUUCCUGAAUGCGAGGAAGCUCAAGGCAAAAAAUAGUCCAUUGGCUGUCUGA